AUGGAUGUAGCGUCGUUGGUCAUCAUGUGGAAUGGAGAAUGGAAUGAUAAUACGUACGUAGAGGGUAAUAAGAUGUGUAUGGGGGCCUACAAGAAUGUGACUUUUAUUGAAUUGGUUGAGACUGUUUACACAGUGACAGGAAUUGAUAAAACAAGGUAUAACAUCAACAUGCAUUUUGUAACGGAACCCUCAACCAGUCUUCCAGCUAGUGAGUUCCUUAUGAAGGAUGACCAUGGUGUCAAGUUUAUUAUGUUCGAUGAAAGCAGAUAUAAAGUGAUCUAUGUUGAUAUGAUUUGCAAAAAUGCUGGAGUUUCUAACCUACAUAGUCAGCCACAAAACCAAUUGCCUUCAUACAGUUGUGGUAAUCAGGAUGCAGGUGUUUCCAUUCCAUUUACAUGCGCACGUAGUCCAUUGUGGAAUGAUGAUUUUGGUAUACAUGGUAUGAUUGGUUUGUCAAAUGACGCUGCACACACAGAUGAUAAUCACACAGAUGAUGGUGAUAAUGAAACAAAUGAUAAUGGUGAUGAUAGUGGUGGUCAUGAUGAAGAAGGAGCCAGUGUGGAGUACCCGGAAGUAAGAUUUUCAGGUUCACAAUUUGAGGACAACCCUUUACAAGGGAACUGGAUAGUUCCUGGUGUAGAAAACUAUGCAAUUGAGAUGGACUAUCGAAUCAGACGUUCAUGCACGGUUCGAUUUGAGGCUAGUUGCAAGGAUGUGAACUGUAAGUUUUUGCUUCGUGCAAGAUGCAAACCCGAUUGUUUGUUUUGGCAUGUGGUGAAGUUUAUGCCGGUUCACACAUGUACUCCGGACGUGUAUGAUUCACAUUUUCAGAGUGUGAAGGCUAUUGUUAUCGAAAGUUUGUUCUCAGAAAGAGUGGCGAGUGGAGAAUAUACACCUGGAAUGCUAAUGAGGGAGUUGUUGGAGCAGCAUGGUGUGCAGAUCAUGUACACUAAAGCUUGGAGAUCGUUACAACAUGCAAAGAGACUCACUUAUGGCAAUGCGGCUGAGUCAUUUCAGCAGCUACCCUCAUAUUUUCACAUUUUAAAAGAAACAAAUCCUGAUAGUAUCACUGCAAUAGAGACAGAUGAAAAUAAUAAUUUCUUAUAUUCAUUUUUUACGCUUGGAGCUUCCCUUCAGGAUUUUCGGUCUUACAUAAGACUGGUUGUUGCCGUUGAUGCCACCCAUUUAAAAGGUGAACACAAAGGGGUGAUUUUCGUUGCCACUUGCAAAGAUGGGGAAGAGAUGAUUUAUCCCAUCGUUUUUGGAUUCGGAGAUGGUGAGUCUGACAAGUCAUGGAUUUGGUAUUUAACGAAAUUGAGAGAGGCUAUCGACGUGCGGGAUGAUUUGGUCAUCGUAUCCAAUCGUCAUCAAAGCAUUGCGAACGCGAUGAGCCGUGUCUUCCCUUCUAUCCCACAUGUGUUUUGUUUCUUCCACCUUAAGCAAAACUUGAAGAAACGGUGUAGACAACGAAAAGAUGUGAUGGAUGCAUUCUAUCGUGCAACAUACAGCUACACCACAGUAGAGUGUGAUACAUACUUGGUAGAAAUCCAAUCGAUGCAUCCUCAGACGCAUCUGACAUUGGUGGAAGCAAAAUUGGAAAAGUGGUCACAUGUAUAUUCUCCAAGAAAAAGAUAUUCCAUAAUGACCACCAACAUUGCCGAGUCUCUUAAUAAAUGCAUGAUGAAAGCACGACGAUUGCCUAUAACAAGUGCACAUGAAUUUUUGAGACAUAUGCUUCAGAAAUGGUUCAGUGAUAGGCGUGCUGUUGCUGCGAGACUCGAAACUGAUGUUACCUCUGCUGCAGUGGCACAUAUCAACUUUGUCCAUGACAAAACAGUAGAUCGAGGAUGUCGUGUAGUUCCUAUAAUACACGGGAACAAGUACUUGGUGAAACAUGCUAAGGAAGGCGAUGGGAUUGUUGACAUUGUUGCAAGGACAUGCAGUUGUCGUAAGUGGGACCUUGAUCAAUUGCCGUGUCUUCAUGCAAUUGCUGCUGGCAGGUGCGCAUAUGCACCUCCCAUUAAUCCUCUCCCUAAUCAGUCUGCUUGGGUUAUACUGACGCAAGUUAGAGGUGUGAUUGUACUCCUACCCACACAAAGAAGACAACCGAGUAGACCGAGAGAGGGUCGGAUUCCUUCCGUUAGGGAAACUCGUAUAAGGAAAUCAUGUGGAAAAUGCGGUGCACAGGGACACAACCGUCUUAGUUGCCCUAAUGAAUGGACUUCAUUCAUCGGAGAGUCGAGCAUAGCCUCUACUCAGGAAUCUAGUGUCACUGACAGGGCCGUUGCAAGGGCAAGCAGAAAAUGUGGCAUUUGCAAAGAGACUGGACACACUCGUCAUCGAUGGCCUGUACGGUUGUGCAAUCCUGUUGAUGAUAAUAUUGAAAACGAUGCAAACAAUCAAUAG